GUGAGGCUUUGUGCUCCUCUGGAGAAUGAACCGCUAGGACUACAGCUCCACUUUCUCCUGCAACUGAAAAGGUUUUAACCGGAUUUAACUUCCACCAAGUCAACAUUUAAACCUGGAUAGUGUUUCCUUUUAUGCACCUUUUUCUGCACAAAUGCUCCACGGUCGUUUGCAGUGGGAAUGCUGCUCCUUGUGUUACCACGCCUGAGGUGCGGCUGCAGGGAUGAAUUCCACUUGUCGUCUUCAAUCAAGGAGGGCCUACCACGUCAGAUCAUGGUUUCCUGAGCAGCUUUACUGCCAACACAUCACAAAGAUCCUUACCAUUCUGGGCCAUGACUUCGCUGCUUCCCAACACCAGCAUUCCCGAGAGCACAGAAGCUCUGCUGGUGACCUCUGACUGUCUGUUUAACCUGACUGCGGCUGUGCAAGCGGGACAUGGCUCAGACCAGUCACUUCCACCGCUCUGCACCCCCUGCUGCUGCGGGGUGCUCAACCGCACCCUGGCUGUGGCGUUUAUGGUCAGCCUGGCAUUUGCUGUUGUGGUUGGAAAUGUGGUCACUCUAACAGUCUUUGUGCAAACUAGGCAGUCGAGAACACCGCAAGGGUACUUGAAAGUGUCUCUGGCCAUAGCAGACAUGAUGGUGGGUGUUGUCGUGGUUCCUUUCUCUGUCUACACCGAAAUGUCUCUCAUGGUGACCAGCCCUCUUCCCAUGUGGUAUCAGGGUGGUACAUCUUCAUUCUUCAGUGACCUGGGGAGCCCCUGGCAGCCCUGCAUGCUGAUUGGUCCCGUGUUUGCAGGAUGCACCUUUGUCUCCAUCAGCACCAUCUUCCUGAUGACCCUGGAGCGCAGUGUGGCCAUUCUGUGGCCGCUCCACAAGGACGCAUUGGUGACCAGAAGACGAACGCUGCUCCUCAUCUUGCUGUCCUGGGCAGCCAGCUUCUUGCUGGCUGUUGCCCCUCUCAUCUUCAGCAGCAACUUUAAUUUGGAGUACAAUGAGUGCAGUCGUAUGUGUAACUACACCCCACUGUUGUUUGGAGGUCAGCUACCACCUGAUGCCAACAUUUUGCUGCUGUUCCCAGCAUUUGACUUCACACUUCUUGGGGGGACAUUAGCAAUUAAUAUUGUGUCCUUCACAAGCAUUCGCCGGUACACCCGAAAACGCAAACUGCUCUCAGGAGGGAGUCUGAGUGAAGGUGGGGGAGGAUGCUCCCACAGACCAUCCUUUUCAGACAUUAAGGCUGCAAAGACAAUCGGCAUACUGACAUUUGCCUUCACAGCAUCCUUCUCUCCCAUUGCAGUGUUUGUGCUUGGAAACGUGGUGGGAUACACGUGGUGCAACUUUUCUUUUCUGGCGUUCUGGAUUCUGACAGGAAACAGCUGCUGUAAUGUCAUUAUCUACAGUGUGAGGGACCACCGCUUCAGGAAGGGUGUGACCCUUCUUUUUCAAAGAGAGCAACCCCCCCCCCAUGGUGAGAAAACCUGAGGGCCAUGAUAAUUUCAUUUGCUGUAACAAGCUCGUGUUUUGUGAUUAUGGUCCAAAAUAUAUAUUGCUUGCAAUUAUUUUAUUCAAAUGAGGAUCAAUGCCCUACUCAUGUUUGCACAGUGUCAACGCCUUGCAGAAGGGGACGAAAUGUAGAAAAAAUCAAUGCUUUCUCCAGAUCUAUUAAAGGUCCUGUUCAAAUGUUGUGCUAUCAUGUAGUUGGGAGUUAAACUACAAAGAGACAGUUUCAAGUACAGUUGUGAACAAACGCAGGACACAUAGUGAAUAAACAUCUAAGAACACAGGGCAAAGUUUUCAGACUUGCAUGAAUGUGUCAAGCUGGAUUAACACCUAAUCAACCAUUAUCAUUCUUUAAGAAAAAAACAUUUGGAGAAUGUAGUUAAGUAAAACACAGAAUCUAAAGAGAAAGAAUGAUUUUUGGUUACAAGUCAGAUUAGAAGAUGCCAUGACUUUAACUUUCAUAUACAUUUAAACAGUGUAAGAAUGGCGUUCCUAGUUUUGUCAUAUGGAGACAAUGUUGGUUUUUCAUUUGAGUACAUUGGCAAAAUUAAAUAAGUCAGUCAGUCAGUCCUUUUCUAUACUGCUUCUUCCAUAGUGGGUUGCGGGAAGCAGGUGCCUAUCUCCAGCAGUCUAUUGGUGAGAGGCGGGGUACACCCUGGACAUGUUG